GAGGGAGGGAUCUAAGCUAAGAUCUGCAGCGUGGCUCUGUGUCUGAAUGAAAGAGCCUCUCUCUCUCCUGCUGUCUGUAUGUAUACAGCUCAGGUCCGCUGCAGCAAGUGAGCACAUGUCCAGAGCAAACACAGAGAAACUCUCCAAGCUGGAAGUAAAUAUUUUUGCAGAAACUUCGGCUGAAGGUGCAACUUUAAAUUUUCAUCCCUGUUGGAUUACUUCUUAGCAAUGUGAGUGCAUUUUUUUUAGGAUUGCUGAGCAUCCAUGAAAUAACUUAUUUUUAAGUAACUGGAAGAUUUGGAUAUACUUUCUCUCUUUCAACAAAUUGUGUUGUGAUCUACAGGUGUUUUUUGCCGAUACUACUGUAGUGACGAGGACUGAAUCUCUCUACAUCAACAGGACUUUGGGACAUUGGUUCUCCAAAACCUCCUCCACACCGGGUGGACAGCUGCACCGCAGAUCUCCUCACCAUCAAAACAAUUCACUGGACCUGGAUCAGCUUGACCUUAGUUUACCUUAUUUACACACGUCAGGAGGGCAGCUUGCCAUAGAAGCAUGAUGUCUGGGUUUUGAGCGCUCUGUAGGUCUCCGGCCAACUCGCAGGCAGGUGUGAUGCUGAGUCAGUGUGUUUGAUAAACACACACAUGUGGUUGCCUGAAACUGCAGAGAUCAGGACACCAAAUGAGGACAUCCAACACUCAAAACUCUUUCAGAAAAGCUAACUUUGAGUCUCACACCUGUGCUUGACAGAUGCUGAUGCUGGCUGCUUUGAUUUGCUGCGUUAUUGGGUCAAGAGCCAAACUAUCCUGAACUGAAAAGACAGCAUCUUCACACCAUGACCCCACCGACCUGUAACUUGCAGCACAGUUUGCUCCCUCACCUCCUUCUCCUCGUCCUGCUGUUGCUCCUCCAGGCCUGGCGGGGGUGCUGUCACCCCCAGUGUUUGGACUACAAGCCUCCGUUUGAGCCCCGGCAGCCACUGCUCUUCUGUAAGGAGUACUCAAAGUUCGGAUGCUGCGAUCUGGAAAAAGAUGAAGAGAUAUCCGUCAAGUUUUACACCAUCAUGGACAACUUUGACCAUUCGGGUUAUAUGACCUGUGCAAAGUACAUACGCAGCAUCCUCUGCCAGGAGUGUUCUCCAUACUCUGCCCACCUGUAUGAUGCUGAAGAUGCCAACACGGCUAUGCGAAUGCUGCCUGGACUGUGCGGUGAAUACUGCUCCGAGUACUGGAUGCAGUGUCGCUACACCCUCAGCCUCCUCUUGGAGGAUUCGGGGAACCCGCAGGAGUUUGCAAACCUGACUGCAACGAUAGAAGAAGAUCGCAGAAAGUUCUGCGACUACCUGGAGCUGAAGGACAAACAGUACUGCUAUCCUAAUGUGUUGACAAACUCAGAGCUAAAUGCUAACCUGGGCUUGGUACGCGCGGAUCCCAAAGGAUGUCUGGAGCUAUGCUUGCAGGAGGUUGCCAAUGGGCUCCGUAACCCUGUGGCCAUGAUCCAUGCAGACGACGGGACUCAUCGGUUCUUUGUGGCGGAGCAGCUGGGUUAUGUGUGGGUGUAUCUGGCCAAUGGCUCAAGGAUUGACCGUCCUUUCCUCAACCUCACCCGUGCCGUCCUCACAUCUCCGUGGUCUGGAGAUGAGAGGGGAUUCCUCUGCAUAGCUCUACACCCAAGGGUCACCACGGUCAGAAAAGCCUACGUGUACUACUCAGUGUCUGUCAAGACGGAGGAGAGGAUACGUAUCAGCGAGUUCACACUGCUAACACAUGAUGACAACCAACUGGACCACUCCUCUGAGAGAACCAUUCUUGAGGUGGUAGAGCCGGCAUCCAAUCACAACGGAGGACAACUCCUAUUUGGCCAUGACGGGUACCUCUACAUCUUCAUUGGUGAUGGAGGCCGAGCUGGGGACCCAUUUGGAAAGUUUGGCAACUCACAGAACAAGUCAACACUCCUCGGAAAGGUGCUGCGUGUUGAUGUCGACAACAAUGACGAUGGCGCCCCGUACGGCAUCCCCUCAGAUAACCCAUUCUUGUGGGAGAAGGAAGCACGACCCGAGAUUUAUGCCUAUGGAGUUCGCAACAUGUGGCGUUGCUCCAUUGAUCGCGGUGACCUCGUUACAGGCCGAGGCGGAGGCAGGAUGUUUUGUGGUGACGUAGGCCAGAACAAAUAUGAAGAAGUGGACAUUAUUGUUAAAGGAGGCAACUAUGGAUGGAGGGCCAAAGAAGGUUUCAGCUGCUACGAUCGCAAACUCUGUCAAAACUCCUCGCUAGAUGACAUCUUGCCUAUCUUUGCCUACCCCCACAAGUUGGGUAAGUCAGUGACAGGAGGAUACAUCUACAGAGGCUGUCAGAUGCCCAACCUCAAUGGACUCUACAUUUUUGGGGAUUUCAUGAGUGGGCGUCUGAUGUCUCUGAAGGAGAACGUCACUUCAGGUGAAUGGCAGUACAAUGAGAUCUGCAUGGGAAAAGACCAGACCUGCAGGUUCCCCAAACUCAUCAACAGUUACUUUAAAUACAUCAUCUCUUUUGGUGAGGAUGAAGCAGGUGAACUAUAUUUCUUAGCCACGGGAUCCCCGAGUGCCAGCGCUAGAGCGGGAAUCAUCUAUAAGAUAGUGGACCCUUCCAGGCGAGCGGCACCAGGAAAAUGCAGCGUCAAGCCAUCACCUGUUAAGAUAAAAGGAAAACUGAUUCACUUUUACCCCAAACAAGAGUUUGUAAUUGACAAGAAACCAACCACCACACCUGUUCCCACGACAACCACAAGAAAACCUACAACAACGAGAAAAACAACACCAAGAAGAAAAACGCCAAUAAAAAUCGUAAAACCACCAAUGCCAACAAGAAAAACAAUAAGAAAAAUGCCACUACCGCCAACAACAGCAGCAACGACAAGAAAAACAACAUUACAGACAACGAGAAAAACAACACCACCACCGACAACAGCAGCAACGACAAGAAAAACAACAUUACAGACAACGAGAAAAACAACACCACCACCGACAACAGCAACAACAAGAAAAACAACUUUACAGACAACAAGAAAAACAACACCACCACCGACAACAGCAGCACCAACAAGAAAAACAACACUACAGACAACAAGAAAAACAACAAUGAGAAAAACACCACCACCAACAACACCAACUAUAAAAGCAACAACAAUAAAAGCAACCACAGCAACAACAAUAAUACCAACAACCAUACCAACAACUGUCGAGAUGGCCAUGGCAACAACCCCCGCCACAACCACACCCACUGGUUAUCGCACAACCGUCAUGACUGCAGCCUUCUCUAGGAUUGCUCAAACCCCAAUCAUCACCACGCCUCCACCCAGGAGACACGGGAGACCCCUUCAGUCCGACCGUUUUACCACCUCCCAACCUUUAACCUCACCACAACCUCCUCCUUCUCCAUCGACGACAUCCCUGAAACGACCUCAGAUGACUCCGACCUCUGCACAAUACUCUGAACGUCCUGAAGCGCUGACCACACUACGGCCGCCAUAUUGGAGUCAGAAACCCACGGUAUCAGGCUACAAGCUCCAGAGACCGCCGAUCAACACGACGCUGCCUAAAUCACAGGAAGAGAGGCUGUGGCUCGGAGAGAAGCUGGAAAGCGCCGGGGAGGGUAACCAAGUAUAUAAAAGGCCUCGGGGAAGAGGUCGCGGUCACAGGAGAGGAAGAAGACUGAGGGCUGGCUCGGUGCGACUAGUAAGCCCCGAUGGUUUAUCAGAUCGAGGCAGAGUGGAGAUCUUUAUCCGUGGCGAGUGGGGGACAGUGUGCGAUGACCUUUUCACCAGCAAAGCGGGUACCGUAGUGUGCCGACAGCUCGGCUUCACGACGGCGUUGGCGGUGAUGAAGAGGGCCUUGCUGGGGGAGGCAAACCGCAGCGUCAGGAUUCUGUUGGAUGACGUGGAGUGUGAAGGCGAGGAGAGGUCGCUGCUGGAGUGUAAGAGAUCCAAGGUGGGGAAACACAACUGCUCACAUGGGGAAGAUGUAGGGGUGAUCUGCGGUUAGCACAGAGCAGUAGAAAGUAAAAGGAAAGUAUAGGAAGCAAAGGAGGAGACAGUGGAGCGAUGUAUGGAUGUAUCAUGAUGAGAAAGAAGAGAAGAA